GACAAUGCAUUGGUUACCAAAACCUCCCCCUCCCCUUCCGCACGCUUUCCAAGCGCUUCUCUGCCUCAUCUUCCACAGACAAGGAUGUUGCUCGGGAAGCGGUCCAGUUCACCGAUGAAGCGCACUACCAGCUCGAUUGAGUUCCCCGCCCGCGUCCUCUUCGACGUCGAGGUCCCCCAGCCUCUGGUUCAGGACGGACCGAUCGCAGACCAACCCCUUGAUCUGCAGUGGGGUGCGGCGGAGAUGGCGCAGAGACCACCCUCCUGGUACGCGGGAUCCAUGCCCUCGCCCCGCCGGCGACUAGGAGGCGCCGGGGAUUUCUCUUUACUUCCUGGGACGGCGCCCUUCUUGAGGGCCUGCGGACUCUGCAAUCGAAGCCUCGGGCCCGGACGGGAUGCUUACAUGUAUAGGGGUGAGAUCGCGUUUUGCAGCCUCGAGUGCCGUCAGCAACACAUCAAUUUAGAUGAACGGAAAGAGAAGUGCCUCGCCAAAUCCUCAGCCAAUAAUGACGACACUAGUGGAGCAGUGACUGCUUGAUCUUUUUCAUCUUUGUCUAUAAAAAUUAUAGACGCUUUCAGGAAAAUAUUCCAAGCGGUACUAUGAACCGAAUGGAUAUCAUAUGGUUCUAUAUUUUUCCAGCACCCACGAAUUAAUCAGAAAAGGAAGCGUUCGAUUUGGUGCUUAUGAGAAUGUUAUAUAUCUCCAUCAAUCUCUUUCAGAUCUCUCUGUUUCCUGUAAAAUGCUUGUCCUUUGUUUGGCAUUGAAUAAAAUGAGAUGUUAUUCA